AUGCAGUCCAUCGUCAACGCAGCUUCGAACGCUCUCAAUACCGCCACCAAUGCCGCCUCGAGCGCCGCAGUGGCCGCCGGGAACUUGACAGGCCUUACCUCGCCGACCACCACCGCUACCGGUGCUGCUCACAGCCACGCCGAGAGCGUCAAGGCGUCUCUUCCCGAAGAUGCUACCGCUGGCGAAGUCAAGUCUAUCGACGCGGAAGGACUCGCCGUGUUUGAGGACAAGGAGGUCCGACACGAGGUCUUGGUCAAGAUCAACCAGCUCGCCCUCGACGAUGUGAAGCACGGCCUCAAAGAGCUCGCUUCCCUUGACCUUGUCACCGACAGCGGCAAGAAGGGGAUCGACCGGUACUUUGUCGUCACCCGCCCCAUGGGUCUCGACUAUAUCGGCGAAGUGGAGAUUGAAAGCGGAAAGAGCAUUCACAUCCGCUGUCACAAGGCAUCCGCCACCGCUGCACCGCGCUUCCACUCCAUCGACACUCGUCCCGGCUCUGAGGGCGGCGCAAUUUUCAAGCCCGGCGGCGACCUUCACUGGUUCGACUACUAG